CUCUAUAUAAACUCGACAUUCCAUUUUUAGGGUUAGGGUUUUGUAUUGCGCGGCUGCUCCAUACACACCAUCUUCUCCGAUUUCGUCCUACUCUAUCUGCGUAGAACUAAGCUUUCAUAGCCAUGGGGAAGACACGUGGAAUGGGAGCUGCCCGCAAGCUGAAGUCCCACCGUAGGAGGCAACGGUGGGCAGACAAGGCAUACAAGAAAUCUAAUCUUGGCAAUGAAUGGAAGAAGCCUUUUGCUGGUUCAUCCCAUGCAAAGGGUAUUGUUCUCGAAAAGAUAGGUAUUGAGGCUAAGCAGCCCAACUCUGCCAUUCGAAAAUGUGCUAGGGUUCAACUCAUCAAAAAUGGGAAGAAGAUUGCUGCAUUUGUGCCAAAUGAUGGUUGCUUAAAUUACAUUGAAGAAAAUGAUGAAGUCUUGAUAGCUGGAUUUGGACGUAAAGGUCAUGCUGUUGGUGAUAUUCCUGGUGUCAGGUUCAAGGUCGUGAAGGUUUCUGGUGUCUCUCUCCUGGCUCUUUUUAAGGAGAAGAAAGAGAAGCCUAGGUCUUAAAUUUGCGGGAUGGCUACUCUCUCCCUCUUUUUAUAGUUUUUCCCAAAAAUUAUUGUGAGUUUUGCUUCAUGAGAUUGAACGAGUUGUAUGGACAAUUUUGUAUCCGUGAUAGUAAUUUAUCUGAACAUUUGAUUCGUAGCA